CGGGAAAGUAGUACGCUGGCCAGCUCGUUUCAGAAAAUCGUGCGUACGUCUUUCUAUGGCAUACAGAGUCUCGCGGCGAUUGUGACACCGCCAGGUCGUUUAACUCGAGUCGCUGACUCGUGAUUGUUCGAUCGACAUUCGGAUAAACUUGCGUCCAGAUAUUCGUAUAUUUGCACGGAUUGGGAUUCGGACGUCAGAGUGCGCAGUGGUCAGUGCGCAUUGUUGGACCGAGACACAGCAGAGCUAGAGAUCCAGUGGGAGAGUCGAGUGUAAUGUCUGAUAAGACGAGCGAUGGACAGCCGUGAGUGUGGAUGCUCGUAUUUUCGGUUUUGACAGUUGAACGGCAGUGGUGACUGAAACUGCGGCUGGCACGCGUGAAAACCAUCGCAACUGCGUGGUGAUAUGUACGGCUCGACGUGGCAUCGAUCCGAGGUGGUUUAACCGAGGGACCGAUUCGAAAAAUCGCUCGGACAGAAAAAAAGCACAAGUGGCGGUCGGUGUGUGUGUGCGCGCGUUGUAUCGUGAGCAUUACGUGUCUUUCGACGGACGGAGUGCAACCGUAACGUAGCGAAUCCGUCUCUCCGCGAUAGGAGGAGGGAAAUUCGCAACGAGACGUCGAACUUAUCCGUUCUUCGAUCUUUUCCUUGUCUCUCCCCUGGUUAACAGACUGAAGAAGAUUGAUUUUGGUGUUACCUUCGAGAGCUAGAUAUAGCGCUGCCUCUCUUUUUCUCUCUCUUUCGUUCUCACUGCCGAGGAACGAGGAAGAAGAAUGGAGGCGAUAGCGAAGCACGAUUUCACGGCGACCGCCGAGGACGAACUUAGUUUUCGUAGAAGCCAGAUCCUGAAGCUGGUACUAUGGAAGGAUAACCAGAGCAGAUGCAGAAAGAUUACUAAUGAACAAACACGAAGGCGCCUUUCUUAUUAGAAUCAGUGAAAGUUCCCCUGGUGAUUUCUCUUUGUCUGUAAAAUGUUCAGAUGGUGUUCAACACUUCAAAGUAUUAAGAGAUGCUCAAGGUAAAUUCUUUCUCUGGGUGGUCAAGUUUAACAGUCUUAACGAAUUAGUGGAAUACCAUCGUACAGCGUCUGUAUCCCGUUCACAAGACGUUAAAUUGAGGGAUAUGGUGCCAGAAGAAUGUUUAGUUCAAGCGUUAUACGAUUUUCAACCUCAAGAACCUGGUGAACUUGAAUUCAAACGAGGUGAUGUAAUAACCGUUACUGAUCGUACAGAUCAACACUGGUGGCAUGGAGAAAUUGGUAAUAGACGAGGCCUAUUUCCUUCUACGUACGCCUCAUGUUGUGCACACAGAGGCCAAAGGCAUCGGCCGCAUUAUCCCACCACUAUCACGUACAGGAUCAGACUUACUGCAGAACUAAUUAACAACAUUUUACAAACUCCACCUAUCGAAUGGGCUACCAGGAUGUAUUGGUGGUCUAGACGUAGAGUUGUUUGAAUGGACUCGAUAUUAUUACGUGUACUUUUUAUUGGUGUCAUUGAAAAACGUUCUUUGCGUUUACUAAUUUAUAUAAACAAAUGUAGAGUUCCUGAUAUAACACAUGACAAAGUGGCAUGUUUUUGUUUGUUGUUAUUGGAUCUCUAAGAAACAUUUUUCAUUGGGACUGAUAAAAUUAUCCAACGUUUUCGACAGGCAUGCAUGUUAUACAAUAGGCACUGUGUUCGAUUAUGCCAAAUUUUCAUUUUUAUAAAUCUGAAAAUUUUUAAAUUACGACGAAUGAAAUGUUGAAGGGAGUUUCCUACAUCUUGGUAGUUCAUCGAUGGAGUAUGCGUAUGAAAGCAUAUAAUAACUGUGUACAUCAGUAACGACAGAUAUUGGUCGUAUUACGAGGAAAAACACGUAUUGUUUUGAAGGACAGGUUUAUGAGCGGACUGGUAUAAACACUGUAUUUUUAAAUACGAAUUUGUUGUUCGAAGAAUGGGGACCUUGGUGACAAAGAGCCUAGUAAGCUAUCCAUAUACGAGAUACAAGAACUUUAUAUAGAUGUAGCAUUAAAAUGCGUCGCCUUUUGGCAUAAAAUGCACACCAUUCUGCCUCUAUGUUGUGAAUAUUUUUACAAAUAUUUGAGGAAGAGAGUAUUCUUCCAACGGUUAAGAUACAUCUGAUAUUAUGACAUCAGAUAUACUUGCUAUGUAUCAUAUAUAGACUUGUACUAUUCAGACUGUAUGUGGAAUAAUCAUUCUUGCAUCUCCUGAGGUAAAUCGUUUUUAAGUAUUAGCAAAGGAAUAGCAGUUUAUGUAUGCUGUUCCGUCUUCUGAUUUUUUCCAAUGAUACGCAAGUUAUUGGAAAAUUUUAUUUUUACGAAAUAUAGUUUCUUGAAACAUUGUAUUUUCUCUUUUGGAGAUUUUAUCACGAAGAAAAGCGAACGGGAAUACAAGUUUUUUUACACAAACGUCGUACAUACAUAUUCACGCUGAAACUCGGACACAACGACUGAUUUAUUCUUUGUAAUUUAAGGAGUAACAAUAAUCGAAGGAACGUAGAGGAAUAGAAUAAAUGUAUAAAUUUUGCAUGAGAGAAUUGUUUUGUUCCUCGUUUACCGUCUUUGUAAUGCGAAUUUAUGUUUCGUAAAAUGCAUUUUCUCUGACAUGCCAAAAAGCGAUAUGUAAAACAAUGUAAAAUUGACCAGUCUUCACUUCUGAACGAAUGGUAUGUAUAACGUUUUUGUUUCAAAACCUAUUAAUUUUUAAAAGAACGGAAGUCCAUAUUUUUUAAAUACUUCUUUUUAUCUAAUUAUUUCGACAAUCUUGCUUUCUUAUUUUCGUGUAAACAAUAAAGAUAUGUAGUCUUAUUGUGUAAUUAUUAUUAUUCGUUAUGUUUACAUUUUAUUGAUAACAAUAUAUUAUAUUAAUUACUCUUGCAUGCAUUAUUUACUUAUGCCCAUCUAUCAUCGUUAUUUUUUAAGAUUAUUUUAUAUAUUAGGAAAGAGAUAUUUUAGCUGGCGUAACUGCUUUGCAAAAUACCAUAUAAAUAAGUAAUCUUAUAUGCUUAUGCAUGCACUGUAUUCAAAAUAGGAGGAAAGAGAUAGCAGAUAUUAAAAAGAACAAAUUUUUUUCUUCUGCUAUAUGAAAAAAAAGAUUCACGAGAAAUGAUUCUCGUUAAUUUUGUACCAUCAAUAAGAGAAGUCUUUUACAUUAUUAGUAAUUUCUUUAUUAUUUUGUAUAAUUUCUGAAAAAGUAACUUUUACAUUGAUAAAAUUGAAAAAGAAUGCAAAUAAUAUACUAGUGUUCACCUUUAUAAAGUUUAAACAUGGAACAUAGCGAUUAAUUACUUAAGUUUAAAAUGUUUAAUGUGCAAGUUUAUGUAUUUAUUCUAACUUUGUGGUUAAUGUUACUGAGAGUAUAAAUAUAGUAUAGUUGAAUCUUGUCAAAAACUCUUUAAAAUCAGUAGCAUAGAUUAUAAAUAUGUAGCAUAGAGAUUCACUUGCCUUUUGUACUUAAGAAGAAUUUAUCGUUACAAAAAUUUGUUAUGCACAAUUUAUUUUUCUUUUAUUACAAUUACUUUUUUAUUCAUACAAUUACAUAAUUUAUAUUUAUUCUCUUAAUUAUUACAUAUUAAAUAUCAAAAUAAAGUCUUUAAGACGAUAAACAAAUAAAGCAAUAUGCAAAUAUAGUUAUUAGGAAUAUUGCUUUGAAACUACAUGUACAAUUGCUUAAAUGAAUUGGAAUUGAGUUGUCUUAUGACAACGGUAUACCACGAUACAUCUGGACCAAGAAAUGUAUAAUAAUAAAAUGUAAUAAAAUAUAUGUUUGAACAAAGUUUAUUUCGCUAAUCUUGAUUUUAUUCGUUAUUGUUCAAACUUACACUGUUUACACUUAUUUUCACGAUUAACAGAAUGAAUUCAUAUUAUGAAGAAAAUGUAUUUGUUGCAAGGAUAAUGCUAAUUAUUAACUGCCUGAUGUAUAGCUAGUACUUAACCGCCCACCAUGUAAUUACAAAAUACAACUACAGUAUAAUAAAAUGUCGAAUGAAAGAUAUGGACUUUUAUUUUUAAACUAUAACGGUAUUUUACAUUUUCUUUUUAUUUUACAUAACAAUCAUUAUAAAAAUUAUGUAGCCUAACUUAUCUUUAAAUUAACGCGCAACACAAUUUGUGAUAGAAAUUGUCCAUUAAUGUAAAAAUGCACUGAAUCAACACACAAGUCUAUAUGAAAUAUAUCUACCAGCAGUCUCGGAAGGCCUAAUAAUUUUUACAACUUGUCCACGUUUCAAACCAAAGUAACGAGCCACAGGGUCACCAGCCUGUAUACGCAUUAAUUGAUUCUCUUUUAGUUUAUAUCUGGUGAGUAAUUCUUCCUUCUCGUCUGGUGUGAGCACAAUGUGCUCAGGUACCAACUCGUGUUCUGUGAUAUUAAUAAGCAAUUCCGAUUCUAAAAAUUGUUCUAAUAUGUAUUUUGGCGCCAUAUCCACCAAUGACUGUUUAGCUGAUGGCGUCAUUCCUUGUUGUACAACAAUGAUUACCUAUGGAUUUUCUCUUCUUGCAUACGCUGACAGUACGUUUUAAUGGUUUUAAUUCCAAUCUUUGGUUCGUCUGGAAAGAAUACGAAAAGCUGAUCUGUUGGAUCGUCAUUAUGGGCAACUAAAACUAUGAGAUCGCUGCGAGCUGGUCUCUUUUCACUCGGUUUGUCCCCGAAUUGUUCCUUGAACUGUUCCAAAGUUUGAUCCAGUUCGUCUUGGGUAACCAAGUAACCUCGAUCGUGACACAGUUGCAUUACUGUUUUCCUUAUUCGCCACAAUUUGUACGUUUCAGCUUCGUCAUCCAUUUCUCGAGAAAGAUUGGAAUUGACUCCCUAAAGAAAAGUUAUCUAACUUCUUGACACUUUUCUUUUCAUUCGUUUCCUCUAAUUAAUCCUCUAGACUAACCCUCAGUCUGUUUCUUUUUGUAUAUAUAACCUCACUUUUGUCCACGGCAUAUACAACUGUAAAUGAGCGACAUGUGCAUGCG